GUGAAGAAGUUUGCAAGUGUUAUUAAUUUGUCAUUAUAAUUAGUAUCGGGUAGUGUUUUCUUUUCAUUUAAUUUAUUUAACAUCGAAGUUGAGCAAAGCGGCAUUGGAAAAUUGAAAAAAUCCUUGGUUACAGAUAUUUACUGAAAAUAGUAGCGCUUUCUCUGCAGUUCAAAUUUGAAAAAAUCCAGACAGCCUUUUAGUUCACUUGUAGCAUUCAUAUGAAUAGAGCAUAGCCGAUUUAGACAAAUCCUGUACAAGAAGAUCUCUUGAUAAUAAUAACGAAUCUGAUGACAAUAUCGUAAAGGUUCAAAAGUGAAAAAAAACCACAAAAAAUCGAAGAAUAAAAAAUUACCAUGUUUCAACGACUUCAAUUCUACCGAUAAUGAAAUCAAUCGAGAUGAUGAUUUUCAUUGUCCUUGUACCUCUAACAUGGCACGGCAAAAUACUAUAGGCGAAAAUAAUAAAUUAAAUGAAAUUUUCGCUGCCAUCGAAAGAGGAAACAAAGGGAUAUAGUAUGUGAUUAACGGGGAAUGGGACAAGUUAUUUGUAUGCAGAAAUUUUUGGCUACUGAACUUCAACUGGAAAAAAUUCGAAAAUCUAUGUAUGAUAAUACGCGCAGCAUAAUUGCGGAAUUUCGAGAACUAAUUGGCUUCAACGAUAAAUUGCAAGAUGGAGAAUAUUUAAAUAUGACAUUAAGGAUCAUGAAAAAUUGGUGCUCAGACCAUACGAUAAAGAAAGCUGUGAAUGACUUUAUGCGACGAUUGACAACAAAAAAUGUUGAACAAUUUAACUCAGGAGUAGGAAAAUUUGAACAUAUCGGCGGAAAAGCUAGCUGCAUGAAGCUUCGAGUUUACGAAAUAAUGGAAGCGAUUAUACUGUCGAAAAUAACAAAUUCAAGCUCGAACGAAGACAAACGUUGCCUGACAUCAUUCACUUGAACACUUAAAUCAUUGAUUCAUAUUAUUAAAAAGUUCAAUAUUCCAUAAUAUACUUUCGGUUUUGUUUAUACAAAAAUUAAAAUAAAAAAAAUUUACAGAAUACAAACAUUUGGUUUACUAUAUUUGGUUUACACUUGCUUUACUAUAGUGUGACAGGAAAAUAAUUUUAUCCUUCCCCUCGACGUCACCGCUCGCCUGAAACUCGUUGAGCGCUCGUAGGGACGAAUUUACGGGUAAGGUAUAAUUGUCAAAAUAGGAUUUAUGUCAUUUGUCUUAUUUAUGGUAGUGUAAGUUAUUUAUAUUACCUGCAAUAUAAUUUAUUGUAUGUCAAUAAUAAUCGUUGAACUAGCGGGUCUAUUGCCUCUACUCAUAUAAAGUACCGCGUGAGAGCGACAAAGAGACAACGUAUGGUUGGCCCGGUAGUUUGACAA